AAAAAGAGGCCCAGUCAAGCAAGGAAAGAUGGCGGACAGUCAACGUGAACAACGUGAAUCGCAAGCAACGGUGAACACCGUAUUGACAAAUGUUGAAAAGGAACAAUCAAGUUAUAAAUCAAUCGAUGUGUUUAAAGAAGUAGAACCGAUAAUUGAUACAGGAAAUCUACUUUUAUCGGAUCAGCAGCCAGUUUCUGCCAUUCAGUUAAAAUCAAACCAAAGAGGAUACCUGGAAGAUUUGGCACGUGACAAUGCACAGCUACUUUUUAAUGAAAUUUGGAAGCUUCCAGUGGAGAGAUAUGAAGAUGCUAUUGUGGCAAAGAUACCAAAGCCAAUAACAGUCUUACCUAGGGAGAAACCUAUACCAAAGGCUAAACCACCAACAAAAUGGGAAAUAUUUGCAAAGAAAAAGGGAAUUCAGAACAAAAAACGAGAGCGAAUGGUGUGGGAUGAGGUCGCCAAGGAAUGGAAGCCUCGCUUUGGUCACAAACGCGUCAACGAUGUGUCGGAUAAAUGGCUAGUCGAAAUUCCAGACCAAGCGGACCCAUACGAAGACCAAUUCGAAAAACUGACUAAAGAGAAAAAGGAAAAAGUGGCCAAAAAUGAACUACAAAGACUACGUAACAUUGCUAGAAAUAAAAAAGGUGGAAAAAUUCUCAGUACGGAACUGAAGCCAACCAGUAGAAAAGAUGAAGAGAGAAUUUCAAAAGAAAUGGAUGUAACAAGAACUUCCACGGCCUCCAUUGGGAAAUUCCAACGUAGAUUACCCAAAGAAAAAAUCAAGGAAGGUAAAGGUGUAAAAAGAAAGUUCGAAGGGGUUUCUGGCAAUACAUCUACAGAAAGGCAAAAAGCACUUGAUAUUUGGAGCAAAUUACAUAAGCCAGAUAUAAUGGACUCAAACAAGGCAGCCAACCGAAUGAUUGCGCAACAGGAAAUGGGGUAUUCUGCCUCUAAAACCAAGGGGAAACGAGGCCCAGGCAGUAAAGUGAAGAAUCGAGUUUUUAAACGAAGUGGUGCAAAAGCUGGAAAUGCAAAUAAGAAACGUGGUGGAAAGGGAGCCAAGAAGUGAAAUGUAAUUCCUGGCAAUAGAAUGUGUUACUUCCUUUUUUAAAAAUUAACGAUGUGGAAACGAAGACGAGAUUUAACUGUACUUGAAGGGCAAAACUUUUCGAUAGAAAGAUUGCUCAUUUUCUUCGUUUUUGCUCAUUCUCUUCGUUUUUGUUCAUUUUCUAGUGAUUUAUCUCACAGAGGUUCGGUCCUCAACCCUUUAAACACUUUGCAUUUACAUUUUGUGUUCCAAGCAUUUACUUUAACCGCCUCCCCCAACUUUUAAUCCCCCCCCAUCCAACUUUUGACCUGACUUUAGCGGAAAGAGCGAUGCUAGAUUUACGAGCAAUUUGUUCUCCAAAAUAGGCAUGCGCAGAUUAGAGGAUAAAUGAGAAGAUAACAGCUUGUGUGAAAUUUUGCUCGAGCGCUGGUUUUUUGCUCGAGCGCCAGUUUUUAACAUUUUUCUAGCACAAAACGAAACGCUUUGAACUUGCCUCUUCUAGAGCGGUUCUUCUUCUUAAGGCUUUCCAAAGCCCCAAAAGCAUUUCAUGUAGUAUCUUUGAAAUUUAUCAGCAAGUUUUUGAAUUUUCUAAGCUUUUCAGCAGUGCUAUAGAUAUUUUGCUAAAUAAAAAGUGUAGCCUAAUACUUUGGCAUUUAUAAGUAAGCUCAUCGUUA